GAAGCAGAGAGAAAGCCGAGGCUAGUGAAAAAAAAAAAAAAGAAAAAAGAAAAAAAGAAUUAAAUUACAAAAAAAAGUUUGUUAUUUUUCUGUGGUUCAGUUAGCUAUUAUUCAGUUUUGGUUCGCUGAGCUCACAAGUCAGCUUUCAUUUGCCUGGCACGACUCAAUCAAGCCACUACGCAAGACUCGUUCAACUGUUGCUUUUAAUUCAACAUCUUGUGCAACCAUUCAACUCCAUCGCUAAAGGAUUGUUGUAGCGCUUCGACAGUGAUUCACGUUCCAUUCGAAUUGGCGUGAGUGUACGAUACAAGUGGUUUUACCGGGAAUAGUAGAUCAACGUGGGCGCGCGUGCGUUGCGCACCAACAAAAAAUUAUUACUGAGCAAGCGUUAUCCAUCAGUGAGUUUUCAGCUGAGAGAAAGAGGAACAACGUGUCGGCUGCUGCAUACUGGCACGAUACAUAAAAAAAAAAAGCAAAACAUCCAUCAGAAAAAAAAAAAUUACCCAACACAAACAUAAAUACAUACACAAAAAAAAAGAGAAAUGGCGUCGAAGUCAAACUACCUGUGGAUUAUCUCCUUGCUGUUGACAGCCAUCAUUCAGAUGGCAGAUAGUCAACUAGCUAGCCCUGUUGAUGCAGAAUUUCUCCCUUCUGUCACGGCCAGCUGCCAGGGCGGAUUGAUGACCAUCAAAGUGGAAACCAAACAAGCAUUCCAAGGCGUGAUGCACGUGUGCGAUCGGGCGAGAGGCGAUUGCAAGCGAAGUCCGGCCUGCACGGUCUACGGUGACGGCAACACGACGGCCAAUUUGCGUAUCAACAUGCUGGCCCGCCCGAACGACACGGAUUUCUGCGGCGUCUACAUCAACGACCGGACGAGCGAACGAUCCGUCCCGAUCGCCGUGCGGUUCCACCGGACGCUGGAGCUCGGCGACGACAAAUAUUACGUCAUCACUUGCGGCCGAUCAGCCUUUCGCAACUCAAGAAACGAGACGGCCGACGCCUACAUGAGACUAUACAGCGAGGACAACAAGCGAGUCACCGAGGCCGUCUACGGCCGCAAAUACAAACUCAGAGUCGGCGUUAACAAUCUCGACAGUUUUUACGGAUUCCGACCGUCUUCGUGCUUCACCUACGGCGGACCCAACAGCAGCGUCAUUCCAUUGUUCGAUAAACGAGGAUGCCCAGAGAAGAAGAUCGCAACCAACUUUAUCCAUGAUAACAAAGGUUACGCCGAGGCUGAAAUCCCGAUGUACCGUUUCGCCGAGUACAAUGUCGUCAACAUUCAGUGCGACAUCCUCGUCUGCAACGGCGGGUGCGGCGAAGCAUUCUGCGACGACGACGUGACUCCUUUCGCCCAGGGUCGAGCCAUUGGCCGCGACGUACCCGACUCGGAGGGGAGCCUGAUGGCCUCCUACAGCGUCUAUGUCGUCGAUCCGGGAGCUGCUCCACUUGCAGUGGCUACUUGUUCGGGCAUCCAACCGCUCUGGCUGCUCUAUUUAUGCAUCGCUUUCGGCAUCCUCUUCCUGAUUAUGCUCAUCAUCAACGUGUUCCUCUGUUCGGCCAUGACCUGCUCCUGUUCCAAGACCGAAGUCAUCGAGAAGGAGCCCAGCAUCAUCGAGGAGUAUGACCCUUAUCGCUCCUGGCACGGAUCGCAAUACGGAUCACGCUACUCGCUGAACGGGGUGAGCAAACCGGGCUACAUCUCGGCUGGCUCGACCAUGAACUCGACCCGCUCCUACUCGACCAACAGCGAUCAUUAUGCCAUCGUCCAUUCACGGCCCGGAAGCCGCUAUUCGGCGCCAGGGGCCAACGGAGUUCAUCACGGCCAACGACAGCAGAACGGCCAUCAGAAUCAUACAGCCACUCAACAACGGCGUGAUCCGCGGAACGGAAACGGCGACGUCCAUCACGGUCCCGGACCAGGCUCCAUCUCUGGCUCGCAUUACUCGGCCAACGGGACUCGAGUGCAUUGAUGAUGAUGAUGAUGGCGGGAGACAAAGAGCUGCUGGAGAGGAGGAACAACUGUACAUAUUUUUUCCACCUUUGCUGCGGGACUUGUGUAACUUGCGUGACUCGCGGGUUAAAGGUCGGCUCCCCUACGAGAGAGUGGAAUACCAGCAAGAGACACACAGAAUGAAGAAGGCGGAGAUGGAAAGAAGAAAAAAUUAAAAGACGAAAGAAGAAUGGUUGAAUGAAGAGGAAGAAGCAUAGAAAACUUGUUUUUUUUUGUGUGUUUUGUUUUUUCCCUUUUUAUUUUGUGAAGACAAGGCCAUAGUAAACAUUAUAAAAGACAUUUACGCAUUCAUGGGGGAAAAAACGAAACGAGUUGAUCUAAUUCUAAUAAUAAUGGCUUUAUGUAUUUGGGCCGCCAACACCUCCGUUCGAUUCGUCAUAUAGAUAUCUAUUAUUUUUGUUGUUUCUACCGUUGCGUGUCUUUUUGUUUGUUUGUUUUCUGAAAAAACCAAAACAUUUAAGACUUUCGACAGGAACACUUAAGAUAAAAUCGCCGAUAAACAUAACAAGCAAACAAAACAAAAAUAUUUUAAUAACUAAAAAAAACAAAUGAGCAUUCCCACUAACAUCCAUUGUUGUUUGCCGAACAAGUUUCGUUAUUGUGUGUACUGCUAGUGUGGAUACCAAACUCGCCCACGGUAUAUCGUGCUGAACUUAACUACUCGCGGAUUUCGGCUAACAAGAAAUCACGCAAUUAAAUUUCAAGCACUUGUUUUCUUGGGUGCUAUUUUCAAUUGUGCAAUUUUCUCCUCCUUUUUUU